AUGGAUACGACGUCGUCUUCUUCAAAUUCGACUAUGGCGGAGUUUGAUUACCUGUUCAAGUUGUUGCUGAUUGGAGACUCUGGAGUUGGGAAAAGCACGCUCCUCUUGAGCUUCACUUCCAAUACCUUCAAGGAUCUAUCUCCUACCAUCGAUGUUGAUUUUAAGGUGAAACAUGUUACUCUUGGUGGGAAGAAGUUGAAGCUUGCAAUUUGGGACACAGGUUGUUUAUUCAUCCCCUCCAACAAGAAAUCAAAUAAUCCAUUGAAGAAAGCUCUAGCUAGCACCAUGGAUAGGGAACAAGAAGAGAUGCAAUUUCUCGGUCUCUUUGGUAUCUACAAAGAAGCUUACAAGAUCAUGCACUCAUGGGGGAAACUCUUGGGCCAAAUCAGCUUGGUCUUAAUCCUUCCUCUGUCCGUAAUCUUCUUGGUUCAUAUGCAAGUAUCUGAGGUUUUAUUCUCAAAGAUCGUCCACAACGAAAUUGUGUUGGAUUAUACCCGAGCUGGGUCUCCUACAUACAACAAAGUCUCCGAUGUUCUCUCUUCAGAAUGGACCAUUUUUUGGCUUUUCAAUGCUGCAUACUUCACUAUCCUCCUCAUCCUUUCACUCCUCUCUACCUCAGCUGUGGUUUACACCAUUGCAUGUAUUUACACAGGCCGUGAAGUCGAUUUCAAAAAGGUUAUGAGUGUUGUCCCCAAGGUUUGGAAGAGGCUUAUGGUCACGUUUUUGUGUUCUUACCUAUUCUUCUUCGUUUACCAGAUUCUGGCUUUUGUGAUCCUCGUUAUUUGCAUACUUGGAUUUAGGUCAACCAAGGCUUUUAUUCCCAUAUCAAUUGUUUUUUGGAUCUUGUAUUUUGUGGGUUUUGUGUACAUGACCAUAGUUUGGCAAUUGGCUAGCGUUGUGACCGUGUUAGAAGACACUUUUGGAUUUGGGGCCAUGAUUAAGAGCAAGGCACUUAUACGGGGAAAGAUGGUUGUGGCUGUUUUGACAGUGCUCUAUUUCGUUUGCAAGUCCUACCACCAUGAAAAUAUAGACAAGUCAGCCCUCUCGGAUCAUCUUGAAGUUUAUCUAGGGGAGUAUGUUCCUUUGAAGGCCAAGGAUGUUCAGCUUGAGCAAUAUCAUGUUUGA